AUGUAUCAAUUGACGGAUCUCCCCGACACUCUCUUCCUCGAGGUCCUCUACCACCUCACCCCGCGCGAGAUCGUCCUCUGCCGCCUCGUCUCCCGUGCCUCCCACGCGGCCCUCACCAGGCCCGACCUCUCGCAGGCCCUACUCCAUGUCUUCUUCCCCCGGUCGCUGGAGUGCCGGCUGCUGAGGGCGCGGGUGUCCUCGCAGGCGCAGGAACGGCUGGCCCCGCCCCGAGAACACAAACAGCCGCGGCGGGAGGGGCCCCCGACAGGAGCAGCCGGCGCAGAACCGGAUUGGCCCGCCCUCUUCGCGCGCGUAGCUAGGCGCUACCACAACCUCUCCAGGGCCGCGUUCCACUCCCUCACGACGAUCCCGAUCCUGAAGCCGUCGGCCCCCCUCCGCCGCUUCGCACCGUGGGCGCGCCAGCUCGCUGUCGACGUUCACUUGGCGCACCUCGCGCUCGCAGACCCUAACUGGACAUACGCCGACGGGGUGCUUGUGUACCCUUCUCCCUCUCCGGCUCGUCCCGCCGCAUCUUCCUGGCCGUGUUCCGGGGCCACGUCUCCUGAGUCGUCAUCUGCCUCUUCCACGUCCUCAACGUCCUCGGAACCCCCCGUCUUGAAGGUCCUGGACUUGAACUCGGGCGACGAGUCGACGGUCCCCUUCGACUGGGCCGAGAAAGUCGUCCGUCGUGUGCGCCUCGCCGAGGGACUCCUCGUUGUUGAGUGGGCAGAAGCGCAGGGUUCCCACCCGCUGAACGAGGGCGAGGUCGCACAUCGCCACUUCGCCACGGCGUUCGACGUGCGCGCCGUCUCCUCGCCUCUCUGUCCAUCGGGCAACAGGCCGCCGGUAAAGCGGGACGGAAGCGGAAACCCGGCAGCGACGGGCGAGGGCGGGGACGACGCGGCUCGUGACCAGGCCCCCAUGGUGGCCUUCCGCUCGGAAUGGAAGAUCCACUACCUCGGCCUCCCCAUCCAUAUUUCAGAUCGCAUCUUCUCGACCCACAACGCGACGCACUACGCCCUCUUCGCCCAUCAGCCCAACCGCUCCCCCUGGGGUGAGGACACCCCCCUCGAGCGCCUCGUCGUGUGGUCGCUGAACGGACCCUCGCCCUACCGACCCAGCCUCGACCUGUCGUGCUCGGACAAGCCCCCCUCCGACCCGGGUCCCGAAAUCGUCCUCCGUCUCACUAACGGUGAGCUGGACCACUGGGGAGUGAGGCAGCUCCACACGCCGCGGCUGAUGCGACUCGCCCUCGACGCCGUUCCGCACGACGGGGAUGAGACGGACGCGGUGCGCGGCCACGUCUUCGUCCAGGAGGAAGACCACAUCUGGUCCUCGGGCCCGCAUGCCUCCGAGAACCCGCCGGCACGGCAUACGGUGCGUAGCGUCGGGAUCCCGCUCUCCGGGGCCGGGCCGCGGUGGGUCCACGAGUGCGGCGCCGACGGCGACGCCGAGAGAUCCUUUUGCCCCGUCGCCCGGUCGCGGCCUGGGGCAGCGGCAGAAACAGCGUGGCCUGGGCGCGCCCCCUGCUGGCGUCACGAAGAGUUUCCCUACCUCACCGUCGCUGAGGCCGUCGACGCCGCGGCGGGCGUCAGGGUCUGCGGGAGGCGGUGCUUCGCGAUGACGACCGUCAGCGCCAGCGUCGACGACGGCGGCCGCAGGAGAGACGACGCCCCGGGCGAAGGGGAGGCCAGCGCCGGCGCUGAGACGGCGGUGCGGGGCGAGGCGCAGUUCGACGACGACAUGUGGAAGACGCUGAUGAAGGGCGCUGCGCUGGCGGGCGACGAGAGGUGGGUCAUCGGGGAGGACACUGCGGGGGAUGUCAGCGUGGUUCGAUUCUGA